AUGCGUAUUCGUCUACAGCCUCGCAGGAGACCACAAGGUAAUCGACCCCCAGGUGAGCUGAAUGUUGCCUUAUUGUCUUUGCCUGCUCAUCAUCUCCAUUUCAGCAAUGAAAUAGUCCAACGGCUAGACAAUCUUCCAAUCGCCGCCGCCGAUGACGCCGCCGCUGCCGAGAACGCCUCCAUGGAGAACCGCUGGUGUCAACUGCGAGACACGGUCCAGUCAACGGCGCUCGCCGUCCUCGGUCGCGCUCCCCGUAAACACCAGGACUGAUUCGACGACAACGACGCCGCCAUCAGAAUUCUGUUUGCUGAGAAGAACCGCCUACACAAAGCCUACGUAGAUCACCCCACUGAGGACAACAAAGCUGCCUUCUACCGCAGUCACCGCCAACUUCAGCAACGUCUGCGCGAGAUGCAGGUCGCCUGGACUGCUCGCAAAGCUGAGGAGAUCCAAGGCUACGCGGACCGCAACGAAUGGAAGAACUUCUUCUCCGCGAUCAAAGCUGUCUACGGUCCACCGACGAAGGGCACUGCUCCUCUCCGCAGCGCCGACGGCAGCACUCUCCUGACUGAGAAGACGCAAAUCCUACAGCGAUGGGCCGAUCAUUUCCGAGGCGUCCUCAACCGCCCCUCCGCCAUCUCCGACGGCGCCAUCGUCCGUCUACCGCAAGUGGAGACCAACGUGGACCUCGACCUCCCGCCAUCUUUCCAGGAAACCAUCAGGGCCGUGCAGCAGCUCUCCAGCGGGAAAGCACCCGAAUCAGACGCCAUCCCUGCUGAGGUCUACAAGCACGGAGGUACCCAACUAAUGGAUCACCUGACUGCGCUCUUUCAGGAGAUGUGGCGUCAAGGUGAUGUCCCGCAAGAUUCCAAGGACGCAACCAUCGUGCAUCUUUUCAAGCGAAAAGGGAACCGCCAAGUCUGCGACAAUCACCGCUGCAUCUCCCUGCUGAACCUCGGACGGAAGAUCUUCGCUCGCAUCCUUCUCAACCGCCUCAAUAACCAUCUGGAACAGGGCCUUCUGCCGGGAAGCCAAUGCGGCUUCCGUCGUCAUCGUGGGCCCACGGAUAUGAUCUUCGCCGCCCGUCAACUUCAGGAGAAGUAUCAGGAGAUGCGGACUCACCUGUACUCUACCUUCGUGGACCUGACGAAAGCCUUCGACACGGUGAAUCGUAAAGGACUGUGGAAAAUCAUGCAGAAAUUCGGCUGUCCGGAGCAAUUUACUCAGAUGAUGCGUCAGCUGCACGACGGUAUGAUGGCGCGAGACCCGUACAACGGAGCUGUCUCAGAGGCAUUCGCAGUGACCAACGGAGUGAAGCAGGGAUGCGUGCUGGCGCCUACCCUCUUCAGUUUCAUGUUCGCUCUCAUGUUGAUGGACGCCUACCGCGACGAACGCCCCGGGAUCCGCAUCGCCUACAGGACCGACCGUCGCCUCGUCAUCUCGAAGAUGCGUAUUCGCCUACAGCCCCGCAGGAGACCACAAGGUACCCGACCCCACUGA